AUGGCUUCACUAAACCAUCCCCAAUUGGGGCACAUCAAAGGUCUCAUCCUUCACGACCAAGGAGUAGUUCAAUAUCUUGGUAUCCAGUACGCUACCCUGGCUCAUCGGUUUGCUCCUCCGGUUUUACGAACUAACUAUGGAGGCACAAUUGACGCGACAAGUCGAGGGCAAGUUCAUAUCGUUAGACCCCCGAUAGCUUGCGACAUUGAAUUCGGUCUCAUCCAAAAAACCCUCAAUAAGCCCAAAUACCCUCCCAUGUCUGAUCUAGAUGGUCUGAAUCUCGAUAUUACGAUUCCGAAGGAAGCCGCCCGGAACCAAGAUGAAAGACUCCCUGUUCUUGUUUUCAUCCAUGGAGGGGCUUUCGUUAUUGGUGAUAGUGGAGCACCGCAUCAGGACAUGGCGGCCAUCGUCGCCUAUUCUCAAUCCAUCGGAAAGCCAAUUAUUGGUGUGUCGAUCAAUUACCGACUCGGAAUAACAGGCUUCCUUGACAGCCAUGAGCUGAGAGCAUCGGGUGCCCCAGCAAACAGAGGUCUGCUUGAUCAAAAGACUGCAUUCGAAUGGAUUCGUCGGAAAAUUGGCGGGUUCUCAGGCGACCCAACCCGUAUCACCGCUAUUGGCCAGAGCGCAGGAGCCAGCUCCGUCAUGCAUCUCAUUGACAUGGAGUCAACACUUUUUGAUCGAGCCAUUUGUCUGAGCGGGAACAACCUGGCAGUUCCCAUGUCUACAAGAUCUGCCGCUCAAGAUGCGUAUAAGUCUGUACUUGGCUGUCUUAAGAUAGACUCAACUCUGUCCAGUGAAGACCAGCUUGCAGCAUUGAUCGCCAUUUCGCCCUCGAUUUCCCUCCACCCAGUGAUAGAUACAGAUGAAGAGCCCUCGUCCAAACAAAUUGAAACCCAUCUGGCCUCGCGUUCUUACAAAACGCCCCUGAUGAUUGGAUCAACUGACUUUGAUGCAGUCAUAUUUCAGGUCCUAGGUCUUUUCGAAGGUAGAGAGCAGGGAUCCUUGGCUCGGGAUUUCAUCAAAUAUUUAACUGAUAACGUUCCUGCGACGCGUCGCGCAAAGAUUGAGAACCUUGUCGCCUUAUACAACAUCUCAGCAGCAGAUAAUGAUGAUGAGGCCCGUGUCAAGAUAAUCCAGUUUGCCACAGAUCUUAAGUAUUACGCCACGUCAAAGCACUACGCUUCAUCUUGGCCUACCCAAUCGUGGCUGUACUACUUUAAUGAGUCUAACCCGUGGGAAGGACCUCACCAAGGUCGCUCAGCUCACUGUCUUGACACAGCGUAUCUAUUCUUGAACUACAACAGCGUCAUGAACGACUCGCAGAAGGAAACAGCAACAGGGUUUGCCCGCGAUGUCAUCGAGUUCACCAAUGGAGGGUCACCUUGGGGUGAGUUUAAUUCCUCUAGGGAGAUGAAAGUGUAUGGUACUCCUGGUAAGAGUCAGGCGCCGUCCGAGGAAGUGCAAGCUCUCUGGAGAGAUAUAGGGUUGGACAAUCUAACUCAGGGCUGGAAUGCGUUUUCGGCAAGACUAUAG